AUGGCCGGCGAUAUUUCACGAGAAAAUGACCACAUUACGGUCGACGUCGAGAAGGAGAGGAUUGAAAACCUCGAGCAUGUGGCUGAGCCACAGAAUGCUAUUCCACGCAUUGACCCAGCUCGUCGAGCUGUCGUCGAGAAGAGUCUAAAGCGCAAACUUGAUGCCAGGUGCAGUCUGUUCGUGCUGAUUUACAUCAUGAACUACCUUGACCGAAAUAAUAUCUCUGCCGCUCGCUUGAAGGGUUUGCAGACAGACCUUAAUCUCACCGAUACCCAAUACUCAACAUGUUUGAGUAUUCUCUAUGUCGGAUAUAUUCUGAUGCAGGUACCAUCCAACAUGUUCAUCAACCGCAUCCAGCGACCCUCGAUCUAUAUUUCCAUUUCGAUGACUCUUUGGGGUCUCAUCUCUACUCUCUCCGGAAACGCAAGGAACUUUGGUGAUAUGGUUGCUAUUCGUUUCCUUCUGGGUUUCGUCGAGGCAGCUUUCCUUCCUGGUGCCCUCCUUAUCCUUUCCAAGUGGUACACUCGCAAGGAACUCACAACUCGAAAUGCCAUCCUGUUCUGUGGUAACCUUAUCUCCAACGCGUUCUCUUCCCUUGUCGCCGCUGGUGUGUUGUCCAACAUGCAAGGUGUUCUGGGCCACGCUGCUUGGCGAUGGUUGUUCUGGAUCGAAGGCUCCAUUACUAUGACCAUCGCCAUCUCUGCUGGAUUUAUCUUGCCUGAUCUGCCUACCAAUGCACGUGGCUUCACUGAGGAGGAGCGUCUCGUCGCCCAGCUCCGCAUCAUGGAAGACGUUGGUGAAGCUGAUACCGAUGACAAUGAGCAGAGUCCCUUCGCUGGUCUCAUGAUGGCUCUGAAGGAUUUCAAAAUCUAUAUCAUGAUGCUUUCUUUCACUGCUUACGUCGUGGGAUUGUCAUUCAAUGCUUUCUUCCCUACUCUUACAGGUACUCUUGGAUUCGGCUAUGUUCCUACCCUGCUCAUGAGUGCUCCUCCUUGGGUCUUCUCGUGUAUUUUCUCUGUCGUCAACGCCUGGCACGCCGACAGGACUCAAGAAAAGAUCUGGCACAUCUACGGUCCAAUCUUCAUGGGUCUGGUUGGCUUCAUCAUCAGCAUGUCAACCCUGAACGUAGCAGCUCGUUAUGUCGCCCUCUUCCUCCAAGCCGGCUCUUACGCAGGAUUCAUCGUCUUCUACUCCUGGAUCAGCUCCUCCUUCCCUCGUCCACCGGCCAAGCGAGCCGUCGCCUUAGCCCUGAUCAACGCUUUUAGUCAACUUGGUAAUGUUGCAGGCUCAUACGUGUGGAACCUUUCCGAGAACGGCUACCGCAAGAGUUACGGAAUCGUGACUGCUAUGUUCGGCAUCACUAUUGUUGGGUUCUGGGGCUUCCGAAUGAUCCUUGUCCACUUGAAUAAAAAGAUUGAGGAAAGUGAGGUUCAAAUGGAUGCUGGACAUACCGAAGGCCAAACUGGCAAUGAUGGAUUUAUCGAGAGUGCUGAUGAAUCUUUGCGCAUGCGCAAGGGAUUCAGGUACCUGGUUUAG